AGAAAUCAGAAACACUUCCGCUCCCUUCACGUCUAUUUCGGUUUGUUGUUCGCUAAACUAAUGCCGGACCUAUUUCUCCAAAAGUGUCAAUUCUUUAAUUCAGUGUUAAACAUAUUAAAACAUCCCAGAACCAACUGGGCUGUUUAUACUGCUGGGUGGUUAGCAUUAGCCGUUAGCCUCGGUCGAUCCAGCCAUAGAUAUAUAUAAAGUCUUACGCCGCAGUCUAGGACGUCAUCACAGGCGGCCAUCUUGCUACAGGUUAACGUUAGCUUUGUGGCGGGCUCUGUGCUAGCUGAGCUAAGGUCAGUGAUCUGCACCAACUCUAAUGCUCUUUUCUCGCUGAGGUCUUGACGGAUUUACAAAUGGUUUGGUUUCUUACAAACGUACAAAACGCAGCUUUUCCCUUCGAUAAACGACUUAAUCGUGCAGCUUAGUGGUGAAUCACGGCUAGGUUACUACCCCUUUUAUUUCAUUUUAACGGGAACAUGCCAGAUGUGUGUGCGGCCCUCGGAUGCUCCAAUCGCAGAUGUCGCGACUCGAGGUCACGUGGGAUCACCUUUCACCUGUUUCCCAAAAGCGGCGAGCGGAGGAGGAAGUGGGAAGUUUCCCUGAGGAGGGACGGCUUCGCUGCCUCCAGGAGGACGAUGCUCUGCAGCCAGCACUUCAGGCCGGAGGACUUCGACAGGACGGGGCAGACCGUCCGCCUCAAAGAUGGUGUCGUUCCAACCGUUUUCAACUCUCCAGCUCACCUGCAAAAGUUUGGAGCAACAAGAAGCACAACCACUUCUAGUGGAGCGGAUGACGACCCGCCAACGGACCUGAUGCCUGAUGUCCAGCAGCACAGUCGGCCCUCAGCCGACAGGAUGAGCUCCUGUGCAGCGCUGCACACUCAGCUCGCCGCCGUCAUGGAGUCACUUGUCCACGCGGCUGUGGCCGAGCUGAAGAAGCUGGUGGAGGACAGUUCCACCUUCCAGCUCCACCUGGAGAUCCGGAGCGAAGAGGGCCCCCAGCGGCCCGGCGGCGGGGAGAAGAUGGUGCAGUUUGCCUCCGUCAUGGAGACUCUGGGAAACGAGGCUCUGGGGAAGAUCAUGAACGUGGUGGAUGAAGCCAAACUGUCAGUGGAGCCUCCGCCGGGUCGGGGGGGCACGGGGCCCCGGACCAGUGUCCUCAACAUCCUCAAGGACCCACACGUGGAGGCGGAGCACUCGUACGGAGUCCGACCCGAGACCUCCGAGGCUCACCGGCCCACUCAGACCAAACCAGAGAAGCUGUGGAUCAACAGAGACCAACACGGCUUCAAAGAGAACGUCCAGAGCUCGGACCGUCCCACGUCCACUCAGACCAAACCAGCGGCCGAGAAGCCGUUGGCGCCGGUCCAAGAGGAACGCAGCGACAUCGACGCGCGAGCUCAAGGUGAGGCCACCGACCAGGUGACCUCUGACCUCCAGCAGCCGGGGUUCAUCCUGCAGAGCGUCACGUGGAAAUACUUCUCGUGCGCAACGUGCGGGAAAUCGUUCACGUCUCGGAGCAACCUGAAGUCUCACCGCCGCGUCCACACCGGCGAGAAGCCGUUCGCCUGCGACGUCUGCGGCCGAGCGUUUGCUCAGCGGCAAAGUCUGCAGAGCCACCGCCGGACGCACACCGGCGAGCGGCCUUACGGGUGCCCGCAGUGCGGGAAGCGCUUCGCCAAGCAGACGCAGCUGAAGACGCACGCCGUGGUGCACACGGGGGAGAAACCGCACGGCUGCCAGGUGUGCGGCCGGCGCUUUAACCUGCUGCAGAACCUGCAGCGCCACGCGCACACGCACACCGGCGAGAAGAUCUACGUGUGCAGCGCCUGCGGCAAAGCCUUCACCCGCGCCGUCACCCUGAAGACGCACCAGCUGGUCCACAGCGGCCUGAAGCCCUUCCAGUGCGACCAGUGCCCCAAAGCCUUCCGCCACGCCGUCAACCUCAAGAACCACCAGAGGGUCCACAGCGGCCUGCGGCCCUUCGGCUGCGACCUCUGCGGGAAGACCUUCCGCCAGUCGGUGAACCUGAAGAUCCACCAGAGGAUCCACACCGGCGAGCGGCCUUUCGGCUGCCGCCAGUGCGGCAAGACGUUCAGCCAGCAGAGCAGCCUGAUCACCCACGGGCGCACGCACUCCGCCGAGCGGCCCUUCGCCUGCAGCUUCUGCGACAAGAGGUUCAACAACGCCAACAGCCUGAAGCUGCACCUGCGCGUGCACACCGGGGAGAAGCCCUACACCUGCGACGCGUGCGGCAAGACCUUCAGCCAGGGAAGCCACCUGAGGACGCACAAGAGCCACAUGCACGCCGGCGGCAAGCAGUACAUCUGUGACAAGUGCGGGAAGAGGUACUCGGACCAGCGCAACCUGAAGCUGCACAAGUGCGGCUACGCGUGAGGAGGCAGGAAGUGGACCUGCUCACCAUGUUGAGCUUUCCUUUUUGAACACUUUACGUAUGAGCCUCUUGGUGGUGAUGUCACCUGACACAAACGUUUUGAUUGGUUGGAACCUGCUGAAAUGGUUUUUACUUGGUCCGAUCGAUGGUUUCAUCAUUUUAAAGAUUAUAUUUUUUAUUUGUUGCAAAAUAAAAGAAUUCAACCUACAGUUGGGCCUUUAAAGUGGUGAUAUGUGUGUAUUACGGUGGAAAAUCACAACAUUAACUUCUUAACUUUCCUUCUGACAGAACUUCCAUCGCAGUGAUCAGUCCGUGAGGAUCGCUGUCUUGUUGUUCGAUCAGUAUUAGUGGGUUGUUGUGUUUUGCUGUCUUUUAGCCUUCAGUCCAAUCACAAGGGUUAAGAAGUUCAUGUCGUUGCGUUUUCUUAUGGCCUUGAUGUGCUUCAGUAGUCUGAAGCUGCAUCGUGUUUAAGCCAUUUCAACAAGUGCUUCAC